UCUGGCAUCACCCAUCCCCGCCUACACCAAAGUUUGUAGACACUUCUAGUCUUCUCGACGGCGCAGUUUCGUUCUGAUAGAGAGGAUGAAGCGUUUGUACGUCGGAAUUGUAUUUCUCGUACACAAUUAUAUGAUAUGGGGCCAGGAUCUGGUAUUCCCCACUGACGAGGAGACGUCCCACGUCAGCGGUGGCAACUCUACGGCGAUAACGGAUCGUAUCCCCGUGUCGAUACCGGACAGUUGCCCGAUAAACAUGCUCCUCUACCCGGGCAGCGGCGCGACGAAUUCCUGGGUGUGCGACUGCAGGCCGCGGUUCCUGUACUUCCCGUUGAGCAAUUCCUGCCACGAGGCCUACAGGCAGGGUCCCUGUCCACCUGGGAGUUACGUUGUACUUCCUAGGAACGAGGCGCUGCCUCGUUGCUGGGGGAACCCUUGCUCGGAGGACGGCGUGGUGCCCUACAACGGCGCGUGUUAUCCUCUCAGGACUAUAGGCGGCCCGUGUGCGCCUGAAGGAGUAUUAGGUGUGAACGAGACCACUUUCCAGUUGCAAUGUGUGCCAGUGAACGCUGCGCCCUUCGUGAUAAUACCAUUAACCGUUUACGACGGCACGUGUCCGCCAGGCAGUCGCAGAAGCAUGCUUGGAAAAUGCGGAAAAGUAUGAGUGUAUUGAAAGUCUCCAAUUUCUUCUCGCUAUUUCCAUCCCCAGAGCACGGGUGAUCGUUACGAAGUCAAAAAGUAUUGACGCGUUUCUAAAUUCUCCGCGUAUCAAUCUGUUUGAAGUGAACUCAAAAGAAUUCUCUUCUGGUGUCGAAGAGUAAGAGCAUUCCAUACAAGUAUGCGACUUCUUAUGGAAGUAAAAUUAUUCUGGAAAUAAUUGCUUUCGUAUCCGAAGAAGAAUUGGUGGUUUUUGUGCACAAAAGCCACCAGUUCUUUCAGCAAAAUUCUUUUUGAACUGUCAAGGAUAUGUUUAGAGCUGAGAUGGAAGAAGAAUUCAUCUUGUAAUUCGGCCAUUCGAAAAGAAUUCUUCUAUUCUCUGUGCUGUCUAGAUUGGCUAGUUUAUGACGCCACACAUGUUAGUGUCAUAUUCUCUUUAUGUAAAAAAAAACGUAAGAUAAUUCUGAGAGAAUUCGAGAUAAUUUUAAUGUCAUUUCGACAUGGGAUGUUUCGUAGGUUUCAAAUACAUGUAAGAUUACAAGUUGCAUUAUAUGUACGAUCAGUGUUUUCUGUUAUCUAGAUGAAAUGAUCUAGAUGAUCAUCUAGAUAAGGCUGUUUCCUUAUCUCAUCUUUAUCUAGAUAAGAAUGAAACGUAUUAUCUACAUCUUUAUCUUAGACUUAAAAAUACGUUAUCUGUCUAAAAUUAUCUAAGAUAAUGGUUGCAUAUUCAGCAGAACUCAGUAUUUCGUGGCUAGGUUUAACCCAUUAUUUAUCAUUGGUAAAUAAUUUCAUUUCCUAGUUUAUCCGAAAUUCAUACAAACAAUUAUCAUUUCCAUGUACAACAUUAUUAGUAUUUGAAGAAAUUAAUAUUUCAAAUUUAUUAGUUUCAAUAUCUGAUUCACACUAUUCCAUACUGUUCAAAUCUUUAUUUGCUUCUAACGUGAGUCAAUUUUGAUCACAAUUUUCAUAUGUGAUGCUAAAGCAUCUAAAUGAUUUAGCAUUAAAAUUUGUAGCAUUAUCUGUUAGAAUAUUUGUAAUUUUUGAUAUGUAAAUUAAAUU